ACAUUUCUAUUCAUGAUUGCAUCCAACGCGCGACGCCAUUUCUAUUUUCUUCUUCAUUACCAAAUUUUCCAGUAAAUACCUCGGUUGUUUAACUGCAUUCCUAAACUCGCCGCCUCACUCCUUGCCGGCGCCCUUCUCCGUUCAACUGCAGCGUCGCUAUUUCUUCCUCCAUUCUCACUGGUAAACAAGGAUAUUGAGAUCGAUUUAUACCAAGUAUGAAAGAACCAAAAAAAAAGAUAGUGUCCUGGUAGUUCCACAAGCUGCAUGGGUGGCUUAUUAUAUCCUUUUGACUUCGACCGCAGGAGCAUGGCCAAGAAAAUCUUUAAUCAAAAGAGACGUAAUGGUGGCCUGGAAACCCCUCGAAAUAGCCUGGAGCUACAGAUGGAGAGUUCUCAAAGUUAUUGUACUGCAGAAGAAAUACCGUACUCCUAUCAAAUCGAUGAAGUGUUUUCUGACAAGGACUAUUUAAAGAAUGAGACUUCAAUGAAGAAAUUAAUUGAUAAGGAAAUGUCCACGCGCACGAGUGCCAAACAUCAUGGACCAAGCAUUGUUGCUCGACUCAUGGGGAUGGAUAUGUUGCCCUUGGAUGCAAAAAAUGAAGUUGAGCUCAGUGACAAGAGGCACAAUAGCAAGGGAGUUAAGACUUCAAGUAAUGAAAUUAAUGGCAGGGGCUUGCAUUCUUAUGCAUCCUCCAAAUCAAAUUCUUGUAAGCAGAUGGACGUGCACUCAUCUUAUCAUGAUAAUGACAAGGAUGCUGAUCGAUGGAGGAGUACCAGUCAGAAGAUGGGAGGACCUCACCGUCGGGAACAUCCUCAGGAGGAGGAAUUACAGAAGUUCAAGAAGGAAUUUGAAGCAUGGCAGGCUGCAAGGUUUAGGGAGUGUUCAAGGGUUAUUGAAGCUAGCAGCAUCAACAGACAGUCGCUUGCUCAGGGCGACGCCAAGGAGAUGGAACUAAAUGUAAACAGAAGGAAAAUAUCGAGCCCAAAGCUCUCAGCAGAACCUAAAGGUCCGACAGUGGGUAUGAAAUCAUAUAGAAGAGUUGAUCUGGAUGGUGGUAUUAAGAGAGAAACAUUUCCUGGUGAGCAGAGGGGACCCUUCUCUUUGAGAAGCAAAUCCAUGGAUGCAGAUUUUGAGCAUCCUUGCCUGAUAAGUAGCGAUCAGAAAGACAAAUUGCUUGGCCCAACAAAGAUUGUGAUUUUGAAGCCUGGUCCUGAUAAGAUGUGCCUCCAUGAAGAGCAUUGGACAAAUUCCUCAGGGACCUUAGGAGAAAGAGUUAGUAUUGAAGAUUUUCUUGAAGAGGUCAAGGAGCGGCUGAGAUGCGAAUUGCAAGGGAAAACUACUAAAAAAGGCUCUGCUGCUCGAGGAAGUGGGAUAGAGACACCAUAUAGUGAGAAGUCAUCUCACUCAAGACAAAUAGCUCAGAACAUAGCAACACAGGUCAGAGACAGUGUCACAAGAGACAUUGGAUUCAAUUUACUUCGUUCAGAAUCCACGAGAUCAUACAAUAGCGGAGUUCAAUUUAAUGGGUUGGGUUCCCCAGAAUUCAUGAACAAAGAUACCAGAAGAUUCUUGUCAGGAAGACUGAGAAAUGUUCGACGGAAAGAUUCAGACUUAGAUAGUGGCAGCUCUAGAUCAUCUGCAAGUGAUCAUGAAAGAGUUACGAAGCAAGUAGAAACUAUUUUGACAAAUGGAAAACAUACAAACUACUGGGAAGUACUAAGAGAUGCAGAAGAAAUACACAGUAGGUCUUUCAGGCAUGAGGCAGAUGAGGUUCUCCCCAAAGAAUUGUCACCUAGGAAUCUCUCCAGAUCAUUAUCAGCUCCAGUGUCAGGAACAUCGUUUGGGAAGCUUCUUCUGGAGGACCGCCAUAUUUUAACUGGCGUCCACAUUCAGAGAAAACAUGAAGCAAGUGAUCAUGUGGCGGUGAAUCUCAAAAAGCAGAAGAAAGAGAGGUUUAAUUUUAAAGAAAAGGUUUCCAAUUUCAGAUAUAAUUUCACUCUUAGAGGGAGGCUGUUCGGAAGAAAAACUCAAUCGAUUAGCGGAUUGGAUACUGCUGACCUAUACUCUACCAAAGACAUCCUGAGUGGACCAACUGUUGUAAUGAACUCUGGGGAGCGCCAUGAAAGGGAGAAUUUCACUGAGGUGCCUCCUAGUCCUGCUUCUGUGUGCAGCAGCGCCCAAGAAGAGUUCUGGAAGUUAUCUGAUCAUCACAGCCCAAUAUCAACUUCAGAUGUGACUCCUAGAGAUGAGAACUGUGUUUCCCAGGUCUUUAGGGAGAUCAGCUCUAACUUGAAAGAACUUCGAAGACAGCUGAGUCAACUUGAUUCCGAUGAUAUUGAGGACAAAGUGGAACAGCAGCCAGUUGAGUUUGAAAUCACAAAACUUGAAGAUCCAGCAGAAGUUUACAUACGAGACCUUCUUAUUGUUUCUGGCAUGUACGAUGGAUCAACUGAUAACAACUUUUCACGAAAUAAUGCAGCUACAAAGGCUAUCAGCAACGCUAUUUUUGACGAAGUGGAAGAAGCUUAUCGAAAAUCAGAGACGAAAAAUGAAAUCAUCGGGAAGGAACAGAACGAAAGUAAUGUAGAUCACAAACUAUUAUUUGAUCUGUUGAACGAAGCCCUUCCAAUCGUACUUGGACCAUGCUUAACAACAUCCAGAUUUAGAACAAAAGUUAUCGACUCCUCUACGCCGCUACCGCCUUUGUUCGGAAAAAAACUAUUGGAUUCUGUAUGGGACAUCAUACGCAAGUUUAUACACCCUCCAACUGAUAGAUCUUAUUUCUUGCUCGAGGGGGUGAUGGCUCGAGAUUUAAAUUCAACUCCAUGGGCCUCGUUAAUGGAUGUCGAGAUUAACACGACGGGAAGGGAGGUUGAAGGGCUGAUCAUCAAGGAUUUGAUUGAUGAAGUUGUGAAGGAUUUGCGAAAAUGAUGCAGAGUCUUUAAUUCUCAGGACACUGACCUUAUGCUACUACACUUAGGAGUGGACAGAAAUUGCAUGGAAAUCAGCUAUUCAGGAUACACCACGCUUGAUAUUCACUCGAAAUAUAUUUUCUUUUUUGUAUUACUUUUACGUACAUAUGUCCUUAUUGGAUGUGUUUAAUGCAGAUGGGCUUCAACUGAAGGUGUUAUUCAGAUGUAAAUGACACUCUUAUCUGAUGUUUAUAUCAUAAUUUGUAAAGGAAAGUUAACAUGA